AUGAAGGUGGCUAUUUUCGAAUCGGAUCUUUAUACUCAGAAUGCGGGUGCCAGUACAAAGCUAUCCGCAGAUAUGAGAGCAUUGGAGAAGUUGCGGGAGGCUUGGAGUCUGGAUAUGGCUCCUCGUCUAUUUAAAACGAAAAGCUCUGUUGGAACUUAUGACUCGCACAUGAAAUCCAUUAUAUUUGAAGAAAGUGUAUCAUGGACCCGUCAGCUUAGGAAUUUCCCUGAGAUAUUUCUGGCUAAAGAUUCUCCAUGUCGCCGUGGGCUUGUCCCUCGGGGAAAAUUCCUUUUGGCAGCUAUGGCAGAAGUUUUCCCAGUACCCGAUAAGCCUUUCUGGCACGCCGUGGCCGAGAACGUCUACGGAUAUCCGUGGUGCUUGCUCGAUAACACUUCAUUGUGCCAUGAAUGUUUGAAAGGAGCUUGUACAGCCGGCGUAUUAGCCAGCUUUCCAGACUACUUUCAUUUUCUGGAAGAAUUGCCGCUGAUUCUGGAUUUUUGUACUCAGAAUGUGGAGGAAUUCAUCACUCAUGUUCAUCAAUGCCAUGCUGCAGAUGGCCCUGAGCGCAAAGCUAUGGAUGCCUGGAUGAUGUGCGUGCAGUCCGUCUAUCUUGAUGUGCUACACCCUAAAUCCAACCAGCUGAGGUUUCCAGACGACGAACUGCGAAGUAUCAGAUACCGUCUAAUCAACUCUGCUGGACGUGCCUUGGCUUUAGACGCUCGCAUGGAAGCCCACCCAACAGCUGGCGAAGACAGUAUUGUUGACGCUGUCGCGUUCGCCUCAACUGUAAUGCACGACAUCUGCGACUACCGUCAUGAUAAUACUGCCAAUGAGUUCUACAAUCUGAUAACUAUUGUCAGCGGUCACACCAAGGUCCCAAGUGUUGGUAUGAUUCGCCGUUUUUGCGUUGAUGUGUGGGCUUGGGCUCUUGACCUUGGAGAAUUGUGGGCUAUCCGCCUGGCUGGACGAGAGCUUGCCUGGCAGAUAUACAUGGCACGGUACCAAACUGCUCUUUUAUUAGACUGCCUCAGCCCUCCCUCUUCGCCUGAGGCCACUGCUAUUGAUCUAUACGGCGACCAGGUGCUGAACGGGCUGAACCCGUUACCUCAGUUUGAGGAGCCACGAAACUACGAUCUCCGCUCUCGUUGUCAGAACAAGGAGAAUUAUGAUCGUCUGCUUCAAGAGUGUUUGAUCCAUUUCAACUCCUGCGAUGGCUGUCGCCGAUAUGAUACGGCUAGCUGGACGGAGCGCGUCCCGCUCAUUGGUGCUGCUUAUCAGAAGAAGUAUGAAAACUGUAACUGCUUAAACACUAUCAGCAAUUAUAUGAUCCUCAAAUCUCCGGACCGGCUUUGGUGGCUUGCAGAACCCACUGCUGAAUACAGCGGCCCCAAAAGCGACUGGUCGUCUCUGCUCUGCUGA